AUGAAGUUUGGGAAGAAUAUAUGCAUCCUAAACGUUGGUGGCACCAAGUAUGCUUUCACUAGAGAAGUUAUAAAGGAUUUUCCCCUUCGAAGAGUGAGCAGACUCCACAGCUGUUCCUCUGAAAAAGAGGUCUUGGAGGUUUGUGAUGAUUAUGACCGAGAGAGGAACGAGUUUUUCUUCGACAGGCACUCCGAGGCUUUUGUCUUUAUUAUGCUUUACGUGCGAUCUGGAAAGCUCAGGUUUGUCCCGCAGAUGUGCGAGCUUUCCUUUUACAACGAGAUGAUCUACUGGGGCUUGGAGAGCUCACAUUUGGAGUUUUGUUGCCAGCGGCGAUUAGAGGAUAGGAUGUCCGACACUUACACGUACUUUUCAGAGGAGGACAUCAAGGCAGAGGUGGAGUCCAGAGGUGAGGAGGAUCAGGUCACCCGGUUCGCCUCUGACAGAGGGAACGCGCGGUGGCUGGAGAGGAUGCGGAGGACUUUUGAGGAACCAGCUUCCUCUGUUGCUGCGCAGAUCCUGGCAUCCGUGUCAGUGGUUUUUGUCAUUAUGUCUAUGGUCAUCCUCUGCGCGAGCACUCUGCCGGACUGGGAUACAGCGAAAAACAAUACAGUGGAAGAACACAGGUACAUGCACGAGUUCAACUGCUGUGGUCUGUGGUGUAAAUGCAAAAUUAGCUGCAUCUCUCACAGGACAGCUCAUCUCCCACCAUAG